AUGGAUAAAAAGAGUAAGCGAACUCAUUGGCGUCAUACUUACUUAAAACGAAUCAAUUCGAUCGAAGUAACCAUGAAAAGAAGUCGAACCACUCCUAAUCCAAGACCUGCUACUACGUUGUGUUCUCGUAUUAAUACUUUGCCUAUCUUUAAACAACAAGAAGAAGAUCAAACAACUACACCACGUACACCAGAUCGUAUCAUUAAUACUCCCAAACGCACUAUCUACUACUUAAGUCCAAACAAAAACAUAGAUAUCCCUCCUACCCCCGGGAAUUUCACGUUUGAACAAGUUGGAACUCGCAAGGCAUGUAAGCGCCUAUUUUGGUAA